AUGAUAUCGGUGUGCUGGGUCGGAGAACGUCUCGAGGGAUUCAUCAAGGCCUUGAAAUACCUGGAACAAACGUCGUCGAACAUGCUCGCCAUCACCAACCUCGCCAUCUGCAUCAACCUCGCCCUGGUCGUGAAUUCCCAUCGCACACUGUCUCGUGUCAAAAGCGUGAGCACGCCCGCGCUGGUGUUGCUCUUCUUAGCUAUCUCCGUGAUCGCAGCCGCUGCUUCGGUGCCCUUCUGGAGCAUCACGGUGGUCAGCGGGACAGCGUUUUGGGUGACCAACGCCGACAAGGCCAAGGCGGACUGGAUCAUCGUCUCGAUCAUCAUCCUCGAGUUCGUCGUCGGCAUCUGCAUGUUCGUCAUCGUGUCGUGGCUUAUGGCGUUCCGGAUGCAGGCGAUCAAGGAGUGCUGGAAAAUCCACGCCCGUAUCCGCUACUACUUCGUCCUGACCCUCAUCGCCACCGCAGUCAACCUGGCUCUCGGGAUUAGCGGGUUAAGCUACGUCUUCCGCGACAACGCGGGGUGA